CCGGCCUGGGCACUCGCACCGGGAACGUUGGUCCCGGAGGCGUCUGAUCGGCUAUAGGGCCGGGGCCGCACAGGCGGCGUCACCAUGUUCUCCCUCAAGCCGCCCAGACCCAGCUUCAGGUCCUACCUCCUGCCGCCGCCCCAGACUGACGAUAAGAUAAGUUCCGAACCGAAGAUUAAAAAACUGGAGCCAGUUCUUUUGCCAGGAGAAAUUGUUGUAAAUGAAGUCAAUUUUGUGAGAAAAUGCAUCGCAACAGACACAAGCCAGUACGAUUUGUGGGGCAAGUUGAUAUGCAGCAACUUCAAAAUCUCCUUUAUUACAGAUGACCCGAUGCCAUUACAGAAAUUCCAUUACAGAAACCUUCUUCUUGGAGAGCAUGAUGUCCCUUUGACAUGUAUUGAGCAGAUUGUCACAGUGAACGACCACAAGAGGAAGCAGAAAGUCCUAGGUCCCAACCAGAAGCUAAAAUUUAAUCCGACAGAAUUAAUAAUUUAUUGUAAAGACUUUCGAAUUGUCAGAUUUCGCUUUGAUGAAUCGGGUCCUGAAAGUGCCAAAAAGGUAUGCCUUGCAAUAGCUCAUUAUUCCCAGCCAACAGACCUCCAGCUACUCUUUGCAUUUGAAUAUGUUGGGAAAAAAUACCACAAUUCAGCCAGCAAAGUUAAUGGAGUAUCCUCAGGAGGUGGAGGAGUGUGGAGCGGAGUUGGCAGUAGCAGCAGCCAGAGGACGCCACUGUUUGAAACUUACUCAGACUGGGACAGAGAGAUCAAGAGGACAGGUGCUUCUGGGUGGAGAGUUUGUUCUAUCAACGAGGGUUACAUGAUAUCUACAUGCCUUCCAGAAUACUUUGUCGUGCCAAGUUCAUUAGCAGACCAAGACCUGAAGAUCUUUUCCCAUUCUUUUGUUGGAAGAAGGAUGCCAUUCUGGUGCUGGAGCCACUCUAACGGCAGUGCUCUUGUGCGAAUGGCCCUCAUCAAGGAUGCGCUGCAGCAGAGGAAGAUUGACCAGAGGAUUUGCAAUGCAAUAACUAAAAGUCAUCCACAAAGAAGUGACGUUUACAAGUCAGAUCUGGAUAAGACCUUGCCCAAUAUCCAAGAAAUACAAGCAGCAUUUGUAAAACUAAAGCAACUGUGUGUAAAUGAGCCUUUUGAAGAAACUGAAGAGAAAUGGUUGUCGUCACUGGAAAGUACUCGGUGGUUAGAAUAUGUCAGGGCUUUUCUUCAACACUCAGCAGAACUUGUAUACAUACUAGAAAGCCAGCGUCUCUCUGUAGUCCUGCAAGAGGAGGAGGGAAGAGACUUGAGUUGUCUGGUAGCUUCCCUUGUUCAAGUGAUGAUGGAUCCGUAUUUCAGGACAAUUACUGGAUUUCAGAGCCUGAUACAGAAGGAGUGGGUCAUGGUAGGAUACCAGUUCCUAGACAGAUGCAACCACUUGAAGAGGUCAGAGAAAGAGUCUCCUUUAUUCUUGCUCUUCUUGGACACCACGUGGCAGCUGCUAGAGCAAUAUCCAGCUGCCUUCGAAUUCUCAGAGACAUACCUAGCAGUGCUGUGCGACAGUACCCACAUCUCACUCUUCGGCACCUUCCUGUUCAACUCUCCUCAUCAGCGCGUGAAGCAAAGCACGGAGUUCGCUAUCAGCAAAAAUAUUCAGCUGGGUGAUGAGAAGGGCUUGAAAUUCCCCUCGGUUUGGGACUGGGCUCUUCAGUUCACAGCAAAGGAUCGGACCCUUUUCCACAACCCCUUCUACAUUGGCAAGAGCACUCCUUGUGUACAGAAUGGCUCCAGGAAGUCUUUUAAGCGGACAAAGAAAAGCUACAGCUCUACACUGAGAGGGAUGCCGUCAUGCUUAAAGAAUGGAAUCAUCAGUGACCAGGAGCUGCUUCCGAGGAGAAACUCACUAAUACUGAAACUGAAGCCAGACCCACUUCAGCACACCGACAGUCAGAACAGUGGAGUGGAACAGUACUUUAAAGAGUGGUUUUCUAGACCAGCCAACCUUCAUGGCAUUAUCCUGCCACGUCUCUCUGGAACACACAUUAAACUGUGGAAAUUGUGCUACUUCCGCUGGGUCCCUGAGGCACAGAUCAACCUCGGGGGCUCCAUCAUGGCCUUCCACAAGCUCUCUCUCCUGGCUGAUGAGGUGGACAUGCUAGGCAGGAUGCUGAGGCAGCAGCGGAGUGGCCCUCUGGAAGCUUGCUAUGCAGAGUUGGAGCAGAGCAGGAUGUACUUCAGAGCCACAGGUCCACACGACACCCUGGAGACACCAGAGUUUCUCUCCUCUUCCUUUCCAUUUUCUCCUGUAGGAAAUCUGUGCAGACGGAGCAUUUUAGGAACACCCUUAAGCAAAUUUUUAAGUGGGGCCAAAAUAUGGCUAUCAACUGAGACGCUAGCAAAUGAAGACUGAACUAAUGUAUUUUCUGAACACAUUGCGAGAAGCUAUAUAUUUCCCCUCCGAACUGAGAUUGCUAAUCUAGGUGUUUAAAACUGGUCAUUUUAUAUGUAAGAAAUUUGCACUAAUAUUUAAAACUUGUUUAA